AUGUCGACGCCCCAGGCUGGUCCAUCGCGUUUGCCAGAACUCACUCAGCUCAUGGAUGUCAACCUGAGUAAUCUCGAUGGUUUCGACAGCAAUGACGACGACAGGGAAUCUACGCCCAAAAUAACAUCAGUCCCGUCUUUGGCUUCAUCUUCCCCAGUCGAUACCCCUGCGGCACGCCUGCGCGCCUUGUUGUCCCGCGUUCCAACUCGCUCGCCCACAACUCCCUUGGUGCACCCGAGGUCUUCUCCCUCAGAGCUUGAAUCGGAUUACGAGGCGCCUCAACCACCGCCGAGCGUGGCGCGCGAGAGCCUCAAGGACAUCUUUUCUCGGGCGCUAAGGGAUCCAGGAGAUACGCCCCGUAAGGCAGCACGGAGAAGGAACAGCAUAGACAUGAGCGAGGUAGAUGCGGGCCCGAGGGUUGAGAGGGACCAAAUGAAGAACAAGGGCAAACGGAAGAGCUUGAGCGACGACGAGGUUGAAAACUCCCGCAGGAUGUCUUGCACGCCGUUCAAGUCGGAUAUAAAUCCUAUCACACUCGAUAUCCACGACUCAUCUCACGUUCAACUUGAAUACGAAGGAUCUUCCCCUCUUGAUAAUACAAGUAAUGAUACCGCCAGUAUCCUCCGCGAUUUAAAUUCAUCUAGGACAGCACCUGCUGCUACCAGCACACCUCAGGUAUCGCUUAGGAUGUCAGGAAGUUCUCAAUACCCAUUUCAUUCUAACUUGUUGGACCAAGAUUCAGAGAUGCAGCGUGCCAUCGAAGGCUUGGACAGUUUUGAUGGUGGUUUGCAGGACGACCAGCCUGGUAUGACUCGAAGCCCAAUGGGUCCCGCCCUCGCAAUCAGCACCUGA